GAUGAAGACGUUAGCUUGGCAGCUAGCGUGAAGUUUGACAGUAAUGUAAUGUCCUCUGUGGACACUGUCUGUUUCCUUGGCUAGAGGACCUGUCAGGAUGGAGCCCUUCGUGUUCUCCGUUUAAGAUGUUAAUAACGCUGUGUUACGUCUAUCUGUGGGUGCGCUUUCACAAGUGCUACUCAGUGCUGAUCCGCAGCAGUCUGUCCCGGCUCAACAGCAGCAGCUUCAGCUUCAGACGCUGCCCCAGCUCGGCCUCAGUUCCACACACCGCGUCGCCGACCGGACGCCACUCAGCCAGACACCGGCAGUCCAGCCCGGUACCCCCCGAGGACAACGUCUUCCUGCAGCUGGGAGACAAGGCGGUGUAUGUCACGGAGCCUCAGGCAUGUGAUGACCUCAGCAAAUGGACCGUGCUGUUGGGGUCCUCUCUGGUUUGUGGUCCACGAAUAGAGAAUAUUUCAUUCAUCAUAGAAGCUACAGGACACACAGUGGGCUACCACUCUCCUCGCACAUCGAAUAAGAAAGUGCUGAAGUGGUCUGACUACUGUCUGCCUCUGGCCUGUAGCCCGGGCCAGCCGUUCAGGGCCGUGGCUCAGGCCAGUGUCGAUAACUUCAGUCGGCUCGGCGUGGCUUUCAUCGAAGAUCGCCUUCAGCUGGACAAUGGACUUAUGCCUUCCAAGAUAAUCCCUGUCCUCCUCCAAGACUCCACUCUCAGUGAGCUGUUGCAGAAGCACCGUCCACAGAGCCCAAAGACAGAGACAUCAUCAUGGCUCUGCGGCACCGAGGCUGAGGAGCCUGUCCCUGAGCUGUCAGCUCGUCACCUGUCAGCCGACCACCUGCAGUGUCGUAAAGGCAGCCUUCUCCUCACCCCGGAGGUAAAGAGGAGGUUAGAGGAGCGACGAGGGUCAGAGCCGCUCCGCGGCACCAAGGAUUUGGGACCAGUUUGUGACUCGGAGGACAAUUCAUUGGGGAAUCAUCACCACAUGGAGGGCCAUAAACACCAUCUCCACCUGUCCAGCUGCCACGAGUGUUUGGAGCUGGAGAACAGCACCAUCCUCUCUGUCAAAUAUGCCUCGGCUGAGAACAUUCCAGACCUUCCUGAUGAUAGCUCAGGAGGGCUGGACAGUGGAGAUGAGACUCUGGAUGAUGUUGAGCAUGAUGCCAAAGGCUCUUUUGGUCAAAGUAGUGGAUUUGACUGUAACAGCAAAUCGCCAAAUGUUCUGCUGUACACGGGUGGCUGCCAGGAGCGUUUUCAGGCAGUUCAUCAGCUUUUAUCGGAGUGUUUAAACAUGGAAAACAACAUCAUCUAUCCCAUCCAGCCACAGCAGGCUCUGAGUGACCCCUGGCUGGACAGCACCAGGCUUUUGGUUCUGGCAGAGGAGGAGCCCCUGACCCCCCAACUUCAGACCCGUUUUCUCACCUAUCUGAGCCAGGGAGGCAGAGUGCUGGGGCUGGCCUCCAGCCUGUGCCCAGCGGGUCUCUGUCUGGAGGAGAGGGAGAGGCGACGCGGACAGGUCAGCAGGCUCAGCUUCACCAGGGAGGACAGCACCGAGCUGGAGCUGAGCGUGCUGGCCACUGGGAGGGUCUACAUCAGGGAUACUCAGGGUGGGGGGGAGGUGGAGCUCUGGGGGGAGCUGAAGGGGGACAUCCCUCACCCAAGAGAUAUGGUUGUUGUCAGGGUAACCCACGGAGGGGAUGGCGGAGAGGCUGUCCUUUGUCAGGUCCACCUGGAGAUUGCUCCCGGCUCCCAGAACUUGACGUCAGACUGUUUCGAUGAAUUAAAGGUCAGCAACAAACUGCGAUAUGAGGUCUUGACAGAGAUCCUCACCUCUCUGGGCUUCAGAUGUGAGCAAAACCAGACUCCAGCCCUGAGCCCAGUCCACCUGCUGGCUACCUCCCAGGAGGCCAAGGCCAGCUUCCUCAACUGGCUGCAGACUCGUGCAGAUCAAAGUGGCCUCCUCACACUGUCCAAGGCCUCCCUCAGAAUGGUGUCCUGCUCUGAGCUCCAGGAUGGUACUCUGCUGCCUGAAGGCUCUCUGGCCCUGGUCACCAAUGCUUCAGAGUCCCAGAGCUGGGCGCACUUCAGUAUGGAGACCUACAGCAAGAACCUGAACACCAGCCUGCUGGGGCGCACCGUGCUGUACGCUGAGGUCGUCACGUCCACCAUGGACCUGCUGCAAGGGCUGACUCUGCACUUACCAAAGGAUGUGGGUUUAAUAGUGGUAGCGUCCAGGCAGAACCAGGGCAGAGGGCGAGGCAGGAAUGCCUGGCUAAGCCCUCUGGGUUGUGCCAUGUUCACUCUGAUGGUCCAGGUUGAGCUGAGCUCCAGGCUCGGACAGAGGAUUCCCUUCCUGCAACAUCUGGCUGCUCUGGCUGUGGUGGAAGCUGUUCGCACUCUUCCUGGAUACCAGGACAUAGACCUGAGGGUGAAGUGGCCCAAUGACAUCUACUACAGUAACAUGAUGAAGCUCGGGGGAGUCCUGGUGACAUCCACUGUCAUGGGAUCAACUUUUCACCUGCUUAUAGGCUGUGGAAUCAAUGUGACAAACAGCAACCCGACAGUGUGCAUUAAUGACCUGAUCCAGCAGUACAACGUGCAGCAUAACUGCAGCCUGCAGCCGCUCAGCUGUGCCCAGCUCAUCGCUCGCACCGUCAGCUGCCUGGAGGUCCUCAUCUGCAGCUUCCAGCAAGGGGGCCCCGACGCCGUCCUGCCAACCUACUACAAGAGAUGGCUUCACAGCGGGACCCGGGUGCGUCUCUGGAGUGAGGACGGACUUGAGGCGGAGGUGGUGGGUCUGGACCAAAAUGGCUUCCUCCAAGUGUACAACAAGGAGCAGGGCGUGGUCUCAGUGGAGCCUGAUGGGAACUCCUUUGACAUGCUAAAAAAUCUGGUGGUCAUCAAGCAGCAUUAGGACCAAAAUCAGCAAAAUCCAGAAUCAUUCUAACCCCAAACCCCAAAGCCCUGACCCUGAUGGAACCAAUUACUCAGUCAUUUAGUUUGGCAGAGAACUUUAUGUACCUAUAUAUACAUAUAAACAUGUUGAGGUUUUCUAAAUGAUCACUUGAUAACAAACUCUGUUCCUGGUUAACAUUUGGACUAUUCUCCUUCUGUUAACCUGACUUAUAUUUGAAGCAGUUAGGGUGAUUUGUUGAAGACAUAGAGUGAUAGUAACUAUGUUUAAAGGCAGGCAGCUUCACACAGUGAGAUCAGCAUCAGAGACCAGUCACAAGCACACACACCAGGUCCAUUAUGACCUGCUGAUUUGGGACCGCCAGUUCAAAUCAUUACCUUGCUACUACCUAGCUUGUACUUGUUUAUCAGCAGCAAUAAAUUUUGUCCCCCUCAUCUGAACAGCUCACCUUAUGUCACUGAUCAACAACAAAAGCCAUCACUGCAGCUUUGCUCUCGCUAAUUUACACAAAAUAAAGAUUUUCACAGAAACAUGUUGUUCAUCUCUUUAAACUAACCAGUUUGAUGACCUGCUCACAGAGGCACAAAAUCCUGACAAGCAAAAACAAGUCCAGACGUAGCAGUAACUGGAUGGAAGAAUGGAAAGAUCAGGACUCAGCAGUGAUGUGUUUGAAUAUCCCCUAAUUCAAUUAAAUGAAGUGUUACUAAAACUAAUAUGAUAAUAAAAAAUGGUAGCUUUUAGAUUUUAACAGCAAAUUUAAUGUGGAAUUCUACCUUAGCAAAAAUGUCUCACAAACUGCAAGAAACUGGUAAAAGGUGAAAGAAAAUGACCUCAAAAUUAGUUUAAAAAAGGAGAGAAAUUUAAAAAAAUCUAGGUAAAUAUGUCCAGAAAAAAAUACUUGUAUUAUUACCAUAUAUUUGAAUUGAAAAUAUGUGUGUGUAUAUUUAUAGGCAAGGCACUGAACAUGUGUUGCCAAAGCACAGUUACAGUUUAAGGCAGUGAAUGAAAUUAACAAUUGAUCACAUGAAUGACAAUAAUACUCAAUAGUCUCUCUCUCUCUCUCUCUCUCUCUCUCUCUCUCUCUCUCUCUCUCUCUCUCUCUCCUCCCUCCCUCCUGCAAUCACUUCACUCAUCAAGAACAGAAUCAAUCUGAAUAUUCAGUUUGCUGUUAGUAAAGUUGCAGUUAACACUUCCACCUGAAACUGAACACAGCACUUUAUAAACUGCCAUAUUAAACAUAUCAUUGUACACA